AUGGGUAAUUCACAUUCAUUCUCGAUACCACAUUUUGAUGCAAAUAUUCGUACAAGUGAUGGAACGACAUUUACAUUAUCAUAUCGUAAUUUUGUUGAUCAUAUUAUAUUGCUACGUCGAGUGAUUGCGCAUCCAGAAAUGACGCAGCAAGGUGAAACAUUGAAUUAUUUUAUCGAAGAUUAUUGUAGACGCAUGGCUCACCAAGCAACUACAACUAGACAUAAACAAUCAAGACUUUCAUGGGAAAUCGACUGGAUCUGGCAUGUUCAUCGUCUUCAUCCAAUUGCCUAUAACAACGACUGUAUUAAGCAAUUGCCGAACGGUAAAGUUGUCGAUAAAAGAUACCGACGAUUAAAAAUAAAACAACAUCGGAAACACCGUUCAGUUGCUUUGUUUGAAUCAAUAAAAAAACCUUCAACGUUUGUUCCUUUGAUCGAUCUGGUAAACGCCGUACCUCGUCAACAUGAUUUUCUUGAAAAAUUCAAGUAA